CACCUCUGGUGACAUCUCCUCAUCUGUGUGUGGUUUGUCUUCAGUCCGGCGGCAGAGCUCUGCAUCUCGGACUUUACUCAUUUAUUAUGAUUUAUUGUUUUGUUUUUUUAAAAAUAUAAAUCAUUCCGUGUUUCAAAUAUACAUGAACAAAAGGAGCAGGCGGAGGAGGUGUCACACAUCUGGAUCAUACCAACACGUCGGCUGCUCGGGUCGGGCCACCACUCAGUCAUGAGGAUGUCUGCAUCCGCGGCGCAAAGGACACGAUGAACACAGGACGGGACCGCCGCUCUUGAUUUUUGCAUAAACCCAGAUGCCUCCCCUUCCUCUUGACGAGCGCAUAGUGGUCAUUCAGCGCCCUAAAAACUUAGCCCUGUGUGAGAGUUCGCCACAAACCAACCCUCAGCAUUCCUCUCAAAUAUCAGCCUCCUCCAAUGGACAUGUCGCCCACCCUCCUCAUCUCCACCCUUCAAAGUCCCAUUUCUAUUCACCCCCCUGUAAAUCUCUGACUCUGGAAUGCAAGCGCAGAUCUUCCCGUGUGCAGAAAUCCAAGGGCGACCAGCCUGUCAUCACAGCGGGGGUGAGACACAACCCUAGCCACUGCCAUAGCAAUGGCACAGUAACUCUCAGCCCACGGCUGCCGUCCCACACACAUACUAUUGAUAUCAGGUUGACUUUGGACAAAAGAGGACGAGGAGGAGGAUUCAGCAACUCGUUGGGGCGCAGCAGAAGUGUAAAAGGUGCCAGAGGGAUUUCUUCACAGUUGGAUCAAGGACAAUGUGAGCGAAAAAAUGGAACCACAGGGCGGCCAGGUGUAGCCGAACACAAGUCACAGCAAACUCGCCAUAAUCAGCUGACAACUUCCCCUGGAGGGGUCCUACAGUUCGUCCCCGCUCAGGCACAGCAACAUAAGUUCAGGAGCGAAAAAGAGAAUCAAAACACUAGAUUUCUUAACAGAAGUGAGCAGGAAUUUCCCUCUGUGGGUCACAAGAAGACUUCCAAACUGGGAACUGUUCAUCAAAGCCAUAAUACUCAUAGCCCUCCCUCUGUUCCUGUGCCCCAUGCAGCCAUCCUAAACUCCAACUAUCCCACAUCCCCUCCCUCCCAACCCACCAAUGUCCCAAUUUCAUUUCAUCAACUCCAGCCACACCCACCCCACCCCAGGGAUCACCGUCCCCACAUUCUUCAUGGUCUGCCCCUCUCCCCCAGCUCCUCCCACACCGGGGGGUUCCCCAGCCCUGACCACACCUGCACCAUCGACUGUACCCACCCAUUCAGUUGCGGCUGCUGGAGGCUGGUAAGAUGCAGAGGGUUUAAGGCAAACUCGGCUAGCUGCCAAGGAGGUGGAGGAAGCUCUUCGACCUCAUUUUCUUGUGUUCACAAUGUUGGUGCAGUAAAGAAGGGAGGCAAAGACAUGGGCCUGAGAAAUCUGGGUGGGUGUCUCUCCACUGCCUCAACCUCCAACACCUCCUCUUCCAACAGCACUGUGUCUGACUGCCGAGCAAACCUGUUCAAACCUCGCUGUGCCUCCUGUUCUAGUGAGGCCAGAAAUUUUGAGAGUCCUGCGAUCCUUCGCAAAAAACUUGUAGGGGGAUGCCUGCCAUGCACCCCUCUUUCCUCCUCAGCACCUCUCCGGGCAAUACAGAGCUGCGUCACGGCUUGCAACCCCAAAGCCUCUCAAACAGGUAGUUCCACCUGCAGUUACUGCAGCAGCGACCCCAUAGUGGUAACAUUUAACCCACGCCGAGGAAAACCCCCAGGAAGAGGCAUCGGAGCAGCUCAUCAGAUGGGUAUGUUCCAAGCCGAUGAUGAUGACUACAGUGUGCGUACUAUCUGGCCUGAAGAACUGGCCAAGAAGAUGACCCAUUCUAAAGCCCAAAGGAAUCACUGUGCAGGGGUGGGUGCAGGAGUAGGGAAGACUUGUGCAAGUCAGGCCCAAAAUGGUAGUAAUGGAACAGGCGUUGUCCUCUUGGACUGUCAAAACCUCCAAGAAUAUGCCCAGUCUCAGCAAACGGACCACGCGGGCCGUCGGCGGCUUCAGCAGGGAAGAAUGGCUGCCCUUGAUUUUAUGGGUCGCAGGUCAGGAUCUGGGUAUGAUGAAGGCCAGAACUCACUGAAAAGACUUUUGAAUAAAGCAGAAGAUGGAGGAAUGGACAAUGGUCCGGAGCAAGAUGGAGAUGCAUCAUAUCCUCGCUUCUCCCCUUCUCCCCGCUCUGCCUCCCCACCAUCACCCGUGUCCUUUUCGCCUCCACCUUCCACCCCAAGCACACUCAUCAAGCCAAAACCCUGGCAGAGAGACAGGGAGGGGGGACACUCUCUGCCAUCAGCUCAGUCCCUUCACCUAGCCCUGAACUCCCUGAACAGAGAUCAAGAUGAGGAGAAGAGCAGAAUGCACCUUUCUUUGCCACUCUCCUCUUCAUUGCCGGCAUCUCUAUCCGAUGAGAGUUUGAUGACUCCUGACGCUGAGAACGCCGUAGUCAGUGCCAUCCUGCCCUUCCUGUUUCUGGGGAAUGAGAGAGAUGCCCAAGACCUGGACCUGCUGCUGCGCCUCAACAUCGGCUACGUGGUCAACGUGACCACACACCUUCCCCUCUACCAUGUCAACUCUGGAUUGCGGUACAAAAGGCUGCCAGCCACCGACAACAGCAAGCAAAACCUUCGACAGUACUUUGAGGAGGUUUUUGAAUUCAUUGAGGAGGCAUAUCAGAGUGGACAGGGAGUGUUGGUACACUGCCAGGCCGGCGUGUCUCGUUCUGCUACCAUCGUCAUCGCCUACCUUAUGAAGCACACCCUCAUGACAAUGACAGAUGCCUACAAAUAUGUGCGGAGCCGUCGCCCCGUGGUGUCCCCAAAUCUAAACUUCAUGGGCCAGCUUUUGGAGUUCGAGAGAGACCUCAACUCUGGGUUGACUCCUCGUAUCCUGAUGCCUAAACUUAACGGUGUGGAGACGCAGGUGUGAGAAAGGUCAGUGCUUAGGAGCACAUAGGGUUACCCCUGGUGAGAGAUUAUGGCGGCAUUCUUGCGCGCGGAAGAAAGAGUGCAGCACACUGUAGAAGAGAGACAUGAUAACGAAUAUUCCAACAGGAAAAUGUUGACAUGUUUGGCAAGUAAUGCACUUUUAACGCUGUGAAACAUGAGACAAAAGACUGGAUGCUUCAUUUGUUUAGGUAGCAGUAACUCUUUAGAAACAACUUGAUCAUCAUCCAGUAUACUGUUUAUGUGCCAAUAUUUUGUAUAGAUCUAACAACACUCUCAGAUAUCUGUUUUCUUUUUUCUGAUGCCUCUUCCUUUUUGUUCCUGUCAUUUACAUUCACAGCCACACACCAAAAAAAGACUUGCCAUUCAUAACAAAUGCUUGAAGAACGUGAAAACAAACAUGGAUAUGGUUCACUGGUAAUGUCUUAGUUCAGCCGCAAUACCACUCUGAUAUCUCCACCACAUGUGGAAACACACAGGCCAUUACAAUGCACUAUAUUUCCCUCAUUUCCUAAAUUCGUUUUAAUAUUACCAAAUGAAUUAUCACAAGGAUGAGAAGAAUUUCAUCAACAGUCACUGUUUUUGGUCAACAUUAUCAUGUCUAUGGGUAAUUUUCCUGUUUGAAAACAAAAGUUCACUGAAGUUCUAACUGUGUCCUGCAUGACUAUGCAUUAUUUUUUUGUUUUGUUUUGGAAGCCUUUAGUUUGGUAGGAAAAGAUUCCUUGAUUCACUGUGAAAUUUUUCCUCUGUAUUGUCUCAAGAGUCAUACUCAGUACAUUAAAUGAGAGUUUUAGGUCCUGUACAGUCAACCCGCACACUGAAUAUACUGUGUUAGAAUUAGCAAAAACACAUCCAUGGACAGAGGAAGAUAUGAAAAAUAUGACUUUUCUAAUUACUAUAAAGUAUAAUUAUGAUAUAGUCAGUGCAGAUUUAUUUCUUUUCUCUAAAAUUUGGGCCAACAACGACGCGAAACAGUGUGGUACAAUCUGCAUUAUGUCCAGCUUUGACUUGCAGGAUGUUGAAAGUAUCAUAGCUUCUAUGUAAUAUCAGUUUAUUCGUUUUAAGGGAAGAAUCUGUCGUUAGCAGAGUUUUCUAAUCUGUAGCUAAGGAUGAGAAUCAUUUUGCACAGGUCACAUAUGACAUCUUCGUAUAGAAGAUUCGGGAUUCAAGAUGCUCCUAUUAUUUUAUUUUCCUUUGUUAAAUCUGUGAAAGUAAAUGUUCGUGCAGACUGACAGGGACACCCGUGCACUCGAAAAGUCCAGGGAUUUGGCAUACAUCCUCUCAUGAUGAUAUUGAUUAUAUAGUAGGUAAUAGGCGAAAAAGGGAAGGUACUAGCUUGUGUCCAUGAAAACCGAAACAGAUCCAAUACAGAGUAUACUGUAUGUGACAGAAUACAAACAAACUCUGUUUUGUUGUUUUUUUUAAUGCUUGUAAUAGUGUUAACUAAAUUUUAGUUGCCCCUUCUCCAUGUUUUAACUUGUGAUCGACAAAAUGCUACAAUUUUUUAAAACCAAAAUGCCUUCAGUUUCGCCUUGUGUAAUUUGGCUCUCCGGUGUUGUCAUUUUAAGUAUGACUUUGUGAAAUGAUCCUGACAUUUGCUUGUAGGAUUUAUUUUCUGGCUGAGUGACUUUGAUAUGGGCUACAUAUAUUUUUCUACAGUGAAACUUCCUCAUCAUGUUGACUAUACACAUGUAUCUGUGUAUUUACCGUUUUUUACAUGAAUCUUCCUUUUAUAUUUGAACAGAAUGACAUCUUCCAGCUCUGCAGCGACAAAAUGGAUCUUCUGCUAUGUUUUUUUAGUUGCAGUUUUAACACUUUCACUGUUGUCAGACCGCAAGUCAUGGGUCCAGAAACAAUAUUCCUGUUUUUACCUCUCGCCUGCACUUCAGCAGGAUUAGACAUCAACCAAAACAUGCUGUUCACUGCUCCAGUCUCCAGCUCAGCUCACAGUAGGUGUUUGUUAACCCUUGAAGAGGGCCUGUUGCUAUUUCUCAUUAUUUUUUAUACAAACUUUAUAUGCAAAAUGCCCGUGGAAGCAAUUUCUCCACACUGUAUGGACUUGCUGUGCAGUUGAGUCAAUGCUGACCUCAGACGUUUGUUCUCGAGAGACACAUUGACGGAAAUUGAACAUUUUCUCUUUAAUUUCCACAAACUGAAGGGCCAGUGUCUCUGUGAGUUCAAAUCUUUUGUUUGUGUUUUGCACUUGGAGGACCGUUGUUACUGUAUUUAAUGUACCUUUUGAGAACUGUGUAGAUCCAUGCAUUGCAUAUUUGUUGGAAUUUCAUUUUUCCUGUUUGUAUUUCAUUGCUCAUUUUUAAACAAUGUGUUAUGUCCUGUACCAAAUAUUGAAUUUAAGGAUGUUGACUCAUAGGAAUGAAUCAAGAAAAAAAGCAGAUCACCUCCUUCCUUUUCUAAUGGGGGUAAGAACUCUUCAGGUCUGACUAUCAUUGUAAUACUGUGCUGUUUCACCCCGCUGCCCCACCCCCACCCGUAAUUGUCUUCCGUCGCCCGCUCCCUUUUCAUAAAGGAUUGUUUCUCUUAAGCACAUGUAAUAUUUUCAUAUUGUAGUAACUGGUCCUUGUAUUUAGACAAAUGUUUCUACCUUCAUGUACUGACUAUAAUCUUCAUAACUCUUUGAGGUGCACUGUGACUAAUAUGAUGCUGCUAUAUCACAAGGACUUUUAUUUUAUACAUCACAUUUUGCAGAUGCAAAGUGGCGUGUAUCACUCAAGGUGACUGAUGCAAAGUGGGCUUGAAUACAGAAUCCCUGCUUACAUUAUUCCAAUUCAAUGCAGGCCUCAUUGUGCUGCCUCUCAGUGCAGUGUAUUAAUCCUAGUGACUGUGUCCAACUGUGGGUAUGUAGCUGUUCCCGUUGGUCUUCCUGAUGAGCCUGAUGAGCAUGAUAGAAAGAGAAGACAGAGUCAAAUGUAGCAGUUAAGUCAUUUUUAAACACCAUCUCAUUGGUCACUGUGUUGAAAUAAAACUGUGAUGUUGCUUUUCUCUGCAA